AUGGGGCAAUACGAUGCCACGGAUUCAGAUGUCGGGUCCGGUGAACAGGUUUGGGAUGGUGGACUGAAGGGAACUCGCCUCUUUCUUGGAGGCACGGGGCUCUACGUGUCUUUCUUUCUAACAGGACUCGAAAGCACAAUUGUCAGUACCUCCCUGGUUGCCAUCACAGAUGACCUACGAGGGUUUGGCCGAAGCAGCUGGAUCAUCACCUCCUACCUUCUAACAUAUGCGGGCUUUCUCAUGAUCUGGUCGAAAGCCGGCGACACUUGGGGCGUGAAGCCCAUGUUGCUAACUUCGCUCGCUAUUUUCACGGCGUUCUCGGGAGGCUGCAGCGGUGCGCGUACUCUGUCGGACCUAAUCAUUUGUCGAGCAUUCCAAGGCAUUGGUGCUGCCGGUAUUUACAGUCUGGUCAUAUUCUCCUUGAUUCGAAUGGUGUCCAAACAGCACUAUGCUGCCGUCACUGGCUUGUCCGGGGUCGUCUUCUCCCUUGGCCUUGUCUUGGGGCCCCUAUUCGGAGGAGCAAUUGCAGAAGAUGGGGACUGGCGCUGGGUAUUCCUGCUUAAUGUUCCAGCAGGGGCUGUAUCUUGGGUUUUGAUCUUCUUUUCAAUGCCACCAAAUUUUCCAGCUUCAACCGAUAUACAGGCUCCGGCAUCGGAGUAUUCACCAUUCUGGUCUCGACAAUGGUCAUUACUUCGUCGGGUUGACUUUCUCGGGGCCUUCCUCGUACUAGCAGCAUCAGUGUUCAUAGUCGCUGCUUUGCAAGAGGGCAACUAUGACUUUGGCUGGGAUUCCAGUGCAGUGAUCGUCUUCUUUGUUCUCUCCGGGAUAUGUGUCCCUUUGUUCCUUUUGUGGCAGUGGUUCCUCAGUCGACGACGACUUUCCUGCCAGCCAAUGUUGCCCUGGCGAUUGCUGGCCAGUCGUUUGUUCGUGGGGACAAUUCUUGGAUCUUUCACUACAGGCCUCAGCAUGACUGUAAGCAUCGUCGAAAUACCACAACGAUUCCAAGUUGUCAACGGCAGCUCCCCAAUCGGAGCCGGUGUCAAACUCCUUGCGUUCGCCGUCAGCGUCCCUGCUGGUAUGAUGUUCUGCUCCAUACUCACCGGCCGCCUUCCAGUACCACUUGUUUAUGUUGGGAUUGUUGGCGUGAUCAUGCAAGUCAUCGGGUUCUUCCUUUACUCCGAGAUCAAAGCGGAAACCCACAUAUGGCCUGGCCAGUUCGGAUACCUCGUCAUAGCGGGCCUAGGCACCGGACUCGGGGUUGCUGUGUUAUACCUCAUGUUGCCACUGGUGGUAGCGGUCAAGGACCAGUCCAUUGCGCUAGGAACAGGUUUCCAGCUGCGCAUGCUGGGCGGGGCCCUUGGUAUCGCAGCAGCCACGGCCAUAUUACACAGCCAUACUCGAAGUGGACUUUCAUCGUUGCUACCCGCAGACGAGGUGGACGCGUUUUCCAUAUCGACACAACUUAUUUCCACCUUGACGCCAGAAAUGCAAUCUCGCGUACGGGAGGUCUACGCCCAGGCGUAUAGUAUGCAGAUGAAGAUGGUCGGGGGCUUCUCAGCUGCCCAGUUUCUCGCCUUGGCGCUAGUGUGGAAGCGACAAAAUGUGCGAAUUGUCAAAAGAUGA